CGGUGGCGCCGAUGAGGAGGUGGAGAAAUUGAGGAAGUUUGCUCAGUACAUAGGGUUGCUGUUUCAGGUUGUGGAUGAUAUUCUUGAUGUUACAAAGUCUUCCCAUGAAUUGGGGAAGACUGCAGGGAAGGACCUUGUGGCUGAUAAGGUUACUUACCCCAAGCUUUUGGGGCUUGAGAAAUCUAAGGAGUUUGCUGCGAAAUUGAACAAGGAUGCUCUGGCUCUGCUUGCUGGGUUUGACCCUGUUAAGGCUGCUCCUUUGAUUGCUUUAGCCAACUAUAUUGCUUAUAGGCAGAACUAGAGUCUCUUGGGUUGCGUCCGUAAUAAACAAUUGUUUUCUUAGGGAAAAUCUAGAUUUAUGAAAAAUAGUUGGACUUACAGUUACUUGUUGCUUGCAACUAGGGACUAUAAAAUGAUGCCCCUGUGCUUCUUAGUUGUCAUUUUAGUAUGAUGCAAAAAUAUUAAUUUGUCAUUAAAUAUUAUUUCUUUUUCAAGUUCGUUGACUUGCUCAUGCAAUUUGUUUUUCUUUUUUAUUCCGUGUGAAGUGAAGAAUUCUGGAACUUGAAGGUGUAUCAUGUCAUGAGUUGUGGCUUGUUGUAAGGUUUCCGUUUUUGUUCUCCUUGUUGAGAGUUUGCUAAUAAUCUGGUCUGGUGGAUGCUUUGUUGGGGAUAAUCGAACACUUUUUGUGUAAUUCUAUCUGGGUAUAUUCGAACA